GCCCCACACAGAGCAGAAGCUCCUCUUAAAGUUGACCUUAGUUAUCGAUAAGCCAGGAUCUGAUUUUCUUGCACCUCAUUCACGUCGCCUGUCCACCCAUUGCAGCCUCCAAGUCGAAUGUGCCAGCAAUUGCCCGGGCUCCGACAUACUCGACCAUGCUGCGCCAAAUAAAACCGCGGAAUGCCCGCUCCAAGCGGGCCCUCGAGAAGCGCGCCCCGAAGGUCGUCGAGAACCCCAAGAAGGCCCUCUUCCUGCGAGGCACCACCUGCAGCCAGAUUACCCAAGAUGCCCUCGCCGACCUGUACGCCCUGAGACAGGUGCACGCCAAACGCUUCCAGAAGAAGAAUCCCAUUCACCCCUUUGAAGAUGCGAGCUCGCUAGCCUUCUUCUCGGACAAGAACGAUUGCAGCCUGCUCCUGUUCGGCAGCAGCAAUAAGAAGCGGCCACACACCAUCACCUUCGUCCGCACCUUUGACUACAAGAUCCUCGACAUGUUGGAGUUCUCCCUCGACGGCGAGAGUUUUCGGAGCAUAGCCCAGUUCAAGACGGAAAAGGUGCCCGUGGGCAUGCGACCGUUGAUGGUGUUUGCGGGGACGGCCUUUGAGUCGCCCGUUCCGAACGCCUUCACCAUGGCCAAGUCGAUGCUGCUCGACUUCUUCCGCGGCGAGACCUCGGACAAGAUCGACGUCGAAGGCCUGCGCUACUGCGUCGUCGUGACCGCCGACGAGCCGGCCGCGUCCGAAGCGGCGGCCGACGACCCCGCCGCCAAGCCGGUCCUCCGCCUGCGCGUCUACACCAUCCGCACGAAGCGCUCCGGCCAGAAGCUGCCCCGCGUCGAGCUGGAGGAGCACGGCCCCCGCAUGGACUUCCGGCUGGGCCGCAUGAAGGAGCCGGACGAGGCCAUGCUCAAGGAGGCGAUGCGCAAGCCCAAGACCACCGAGGAGCGCACCAAGAAGAACAUCUUGACCGACAUCAUGGGCGACAAGAUCGGCCGCAUCCACAUGGGCAAACUGGACCUGAGCCAGCUGCAGACGCGGAAGAUGAAAGGGUUGAAGCGCGAGCGGGACCAGCGGGAGCAGGAUGAGGACGAAGAAGAGACGGUCGUGGCGCAGGAGAAGCCAAAGCGAAAGAAGAAAGUCAAAGCAUGAACGGGACAGGGAUGUUGGUGGUUUGUUUUCUCUCUUCCGGGGCAGGCGUUUUCCAGGCAGGGGGUUACUCGAGCACUGAAGGGUCGGCAAAACGGCGUCACUUUAUAUGGAAGCAGUUAGGUAUUUUUGAAAUAUGGGUAUACGAUUCCGGUAUGUACAACCGAAGUAGGAUCUGCGUGUCUCAUCAAGCAAUUCUGUCCAGAGAUACCCAGAGUUGGUGGGUUCACAGAACGGCGUUCUGCACCCGCCGCUCAAA